ACAAUCCUAUAUAUUAACCGUUUUCCAAGUGAAUUUCGUUCAUACUGUUGAGUACAAGUGGAUAGAAAACAUUCACACGGUUGAACUGGUCAGUACAAAAAUGGCUGAAAAAUCAAAUUUAAACUUUUCGGAAGCAAUAAGUUACAUUUUUUAUGUGACCAAAAUUUUUGGAUUGAUUCCGUAUUCAAUUUCACAAUAUCAUCAACAUAAAAUAUUGUUCAGUUCGAUUUUUGGGAAUAUUCAAUCGCUCGGUUCACUGAUUGUGUACGUAUUCUGUUAUCAUUAUGUUGUAACACAAACAUAUUUCACGAAUAAAGCUUUUGAUUCAGGAACACUAACAACGAUCAUUGGAAUUUUCAUCCUUUAUAUGGAACCAAUAAUGAUGACGCUUGAUAUGUUGGCAACGUUAGUGAAUCAACGCCAUUUGGUUCGGUGCAUUCAGCGCUUGGAACAAGUGGAUGAAAAAUUGGCGAAAGAAAGUGUACAAAUCGAUUACAGAUCAUUGAAAUCAUUGUCGUUAAUACUAAUCAUUGUAACGCUGUGUCGCAAAAUUUUAAUGAUUUUAUUCGGAGUUUUCGUUUUUGAAUUGAAUGUUCUUCAACUAUGGAGUAUGUACGUUCCGAUAUGUGUUAGCGUUCUGUCGAAAAUCUAUUUUGUUUUGAUUGUUUGCAACAUUCGUAAGAAAUUUGACGCAAUAAACUCGUAUUUGGACGAAAUGGCCAAUUCAAUAAAUGAAAGCAAUUCACUCAACAAGAAUUCAAAUGAAGAUAGUGUUGGAGUUGAUAACAGCAGUGAUAAUUCAAUAAAUAAACUUCGGAAUGUGCGACAAACGACAGCACAGGCCACUUUUCAACUCGGCUAUUUACAAAAGGAAAUUGCUGUUAAACCAAAACCGAAUUUUUUUCAAAUCAUGACCCGUCCAACAUUGAAUGUUGUUAAACCGUUUGAAUCACGUGCAUUUGUCGAAAAUAUUGGACCAGAUUCUCGAUCCAUUCAACUAAAUGAUUCGAUCACCGAAUUCCCAUUGCCAUGCAAUGGACCCGGACCUGCUGUAGUUGUUGGCGAUCGAUUUGAUAAACGUCUGACAAAUUUAUGCUUCUUACAUGAUGAGAUUUGUGAUAUUGUGGGAAUUGCCAAUCAUAUGUUCAGUUUUCAAAUGCUCAUGCUUAUGGCAUAUGGUUUUCUCGGAAUCACAGCACAACUUUAUUUUGUUUAUUGCAGCUUGGCUGCUCAGCCGGUUCCACGACUAUUCCGAACUUCAGAAUCCAUUGGAAUUUCGUCGGUUCUUAUCAUCUCGACGGCUGUUGUAUGCGUUUAUGUGAUUUAUGUGUGUUGGCAAACAAAAAGUGCAGCCGAAAAAACUGGUGUAUUUCUACAUAAAUUGGCCAAUAUUGUCGAUGAAAAUCAUUUCUAUGAAACGAUCAAUCACUUGUCAUUGAAAUUGCUUAACCAUAAGUUAAACUUUACGGCUUGUGGUUUUUUCGAACUGGAUAUGACAACCAUUUAUGCUAUAACCGGUGCGAUUACAAGUUACCUAAUCAUUUUGAUUCAAUUCAAUGUGGCAGCACAACGAAGCAAAAAACUAUACAUGUCCAAUAACACAGGUACACCAUCAAUGGUCAAAAAUGAGUCCAAUGGAAAUUAAAUGAAUACGUACACUCAACUAAAUUUGAACUUUAUUUGAAAUUUGUGAUUUGAUAAUGAUAGCACUGGUGUUUUGAGUGUUAUACAAAUAAAUAUGUGUUACAAUAA